AUGGAUCCGACCAGCAGCAGCUGCAUGCGCAGUCCACAACCUCCUGCCCCACUCUGGGGAUGCCUGCGGAGCAUCCAUGCGGAUGUCACCACAGCUUCAGGGCUGAACCGUUACCCACCAGCACCAUUCUCCUUCCAUCAAAAAUCAGACUUUGCUGAUUACUCCGAUUUCUCAACCUCCUGCCUGGUGACUGCUCCCCACAGCUUCCCACGUGAGGAGCAGGCAUUUGUGGAGCAGCACCUCCCUUUCCAACACUCUGACUGGCAUUUUGCAGCAACUGAGGCCAGAAGACAACUAAAUCCAGGACUGGGUUCUGGGGAGUCAGAAGGCAGCAGCCCAAAUCUAGUAAGUGCAGCAGUGGGUAUGAAUGAAGAUAAGGAGGUACCAGUAAAUACUACAAAUGAAGCUGAGAAAAAGUCAUCCAAAAGAAAAAAGGAAAACUCAGAAAACCAGAACUUGAGCAGCAAGGCAGAAACAAGCAGCAAAUCACGGAAGGAAAGGACAGCUUUCACCAAGGAGCAGCUACGGGAACUGGAAGCUGAAUUUGCCCACCAUAACUACUUGACAAGGCUCAGGAGAUAUGAGAUAGCUGUGAACCUGGAUCUCACCGAGAGACAAGUCAAAGUAUGGUUUCAAAACAGAAGGAUGAAGUGGAAACGUGUGAAAGGCGGGCAACCAGCAUCCCCACAUGAACAUGACACAGAAGAUGUGGACUCUGCUGCCUCCCCCAGCUCUGAGUAG